AUGUCCCUUCCUCCAUUUACACCCGCUCCACCCACCGAGGAGAAGUUGGACUAUGUCAAACUCGUGAACCUCGACCUGUCCAAAUUUGACACACAAAUCGGCCGACAGGAACUUGCAAAGGAUCUCUAUGAAGCUGCGACUGGUUACGGCUUUCUCACUUUGAGCAAUCAUGGCAUUUCCGAUGAAGUUUACGCUCACCAAAUGCAGAUAGCAAACGCCAUGAUGACCCUCUCGGCGGAAGAGAAGGCGCCUUAUGAAGGUAUUUACAGCUACUUUAUCGGUCUAAGAUACAAGAAUGUUGCUAUCAUCUUGGAGGUCCCUGAAGAGGUAAUGCAGUCAACGCAUGCACCCGGGGGUUCCAAGACCGAGUACAUCAGAUACAUGAUGUGCGAGCCGCGAUCGAAGGAAGAAAGCGAGAAGUACCGCGAUAUCUUCCUCUCGGGGCACACUGAUCUGGGGACAUGGACUUUUCUAUUUUCGCAACCCAUAGCGGCACUUCAAGUUCUCGACCACAAUGAUGGGAAGUAUCGCUGGGUCGAGCACCAGCCUCAUGGUCUGGUCGUUAACUUCGGCGAUGCCCUCGCUCGACUGACGGGAGGCCUGUUUAAGGCCACUAUCCAUAGAGUUGUCCAGCCUCCCGAGGAUCAACGCCAUCUUCGUCGCAUUGGAGUCAUCUACUUUUCACGUCCGGCUGACGAGCGAGAACUCGUGCCUAUCGAAGGCUCCCCUCUCCUUCAGCGACUUGGUCGUGAUAAGCCUAUUGAUGAGCAGGUAUUCUGUAUGGCGGAUUUCCUGGACGCUCGGAAACAUGGGUUCAAGCGUUAUGAGUAUGAUCUUGAUCGUCCGCGAGACACUCAAAAACACGCCGACUUCUUCGCUGGCGAAUAUCCUGAUCCCGAAGGCCAUCAGAGUCUGGGCAAAUUCGACAACGUUCCUCGGGAGGUUUAUGUACCCUCUUUGAAGGCUAGCUAG